UCCUGUCAGCUCCUUUUCAACAAACUCCCAAAAUCUCAAGAAACAGAUAGCUAAAAUUCAGUUUCUUUUAUUGAUGUACAAUGCAAAGAUCACGUAAAGCUCUUCUUACUAGAAGAGCAUUGUGGAAGACUAAUAGGACGAACUUCUUUUAUAAGGCGUCCUUGCCACCUGUCGUCUUUAUGUGGGGACUUCUCUUCCUUCUAUAUAUACGGAUUGGCCAUGAUGAUGGUUACAGAGAUGGUCUGAUAGAUCUUCCAAAAGAUUCCUACACUUAUCAGACAGAAACCAAAUCCGGGAUUAUCCAAAACCAUGCUUUCAUUAACAAAACACAACAAAUUCAUUUCUCAUUCUCUAAUGAGGAACUAAAAGAGACAAAAACCGAAAGAUUUUUAGUACAAGAUCUUGAUGAAUUCAAGAACAAGGCUUUUGGUGGUGCAAAAAUGCAUCCAUCAAACCCUAAUCCAGAUAACAUAAUUCACCGGCUUGAACCUAGCGGUGCGAAAUACAACUAUGCCUCAUCAUCAAAGGGUGCAAAGGUCUUGGCUCAUAACAAGGAUGCCAAGGGUGCACCCAACAUCUUAAACACAGACCAAAAUCAGUACCUUCGAAACCCGUGUUCGUCUGAGGACAAGUUUGUCAUUUUAGAACUAUCAGAAGAAACCCUAAUUGAUACUAUCGAAAUCGCUAAUUUUGAACACCAUUCAUCGAAUCUAAAGGGGUUCGAGGUGUUUGGGAGUUCAGUAUAUCCUACCGAAUCUUGGGUAAAACUCGGAAUUUAUACCGCUGUAAAUGUGAAAAACUCACAAAGAUUUGUUCUCCGUGAUUCGAAGUGGGUGCGGUAUGUAAAGUUGAAUCUACAGAGUCAUUAUGGAACGGGGUUUUAUUGUACGUUGAGUACUCUUCGGGUUUAUGGUGUGGAUGCGGUUGAAAUGAUGCUUGAGGAUUUGGUUUUUGCACGAAAUAAUGAGGUUUUGUCUAACGAACAUGAAAGUGAUGGAAAACCAGAGGCGGAAGAUGAACUGUGGUUAGAGGAAAGGGCUAAUGUGCCUGACCCGCAUGUGGGAAGGUUGCCUGGGGACAGUGUUCUUAGAGAAAUAGAUGCGGAAAUUGGAGAAAGAGAUGUUGUGGUGGAAAAAGUACGCAUGGAUUUGAGAGAUUUUCAUGACAGCAAGGAUGUAGUGAAAGAACAUGUCGAUGAGCUGGAAUCAUGGAAAUCUCUUGUGUCCAUUGAACUGGAUAUCAUGACGAUGGACAAUGCCUUCCUCAGAUCGGAGGUUGCAAAGUUGAGAGUGAAUCAAGAACGUAUGGAGGAUACAGGAGUUGUUAUAUUUUUGGUGUCUUUGACAUUUGGAUUGUUUGCUAUAGCUAAUCUAUUUCUCAAUAAACUUUUGUUUAUUUAUUAUAGAGAUGACAGAACUCAAAAAAGUAUAGUUGAAUUUGGCUGAGGGACCACUCUUCGG